GUGCUGGGAAAAUAGCUGUCUUUCCAGAGCAAAAAGCAUGUGCCGGAAUACUAAAUGUCAGCAUAUUGAGAAUAAAUGCAACACUCAAUCUUCAGCCUCAUUAUCAAGGGGGCAGCUGCUUUUCAGCAAGAAUAAUUUUGUCACUUAAGUAAAACAACUUGUCAUUAGUGGGGUUUUUUUCCCAGGUAUGGGUAGAAAUUGAUUGCAGCUUGACAGCACUGUUGUUCAACUUGGCUUUGUCUUUAUAAUGAUGGAUGGUAGUAGAAGCAGGUUCACAGAAGAAACCUGAAAGUUCAUCUAUUGUCUUCUCUUCUGCUCUUUCCAGACCUAGUGCCAGUGAUAUUAAUAAAUGGUUUAGGAAGAGCUUUAUGGCUCUUUACAAAGACAAUGCAGAUGAGCCUGAUGGUCUGGUUUUGGGCAGGUUUUUCCAAAAUACAUGUUCUAAUGCUUCUGGGUUUGUUGGGUUUGGGGCUUUAUUUUUGUUUGUUUGUUUUUCAUUUGUCUAAAGCUUUUACAGGUCUUGUGUGACAUGAAAUACACAAUGCAGUGAAGCAAUCAGAUGUAGUACUGUCAGUUGUAACUGUUCUAUUUUGGGUGCAAAAAAUCACUUCAAAAGCUUAAGUGUUUUUGUUCAAGUAAUAGAAGACCUAGAAAUAUAUUUUAGGUUAAGGGAAUCGUUAAAUUUACUUAAUUUUUUUUUUUUUUGUGACUCUUGCAGUAACUUGUUGCAUGGUGUUGGCCAGGAGGAUUGCAAUCAGACCCUUGAAGAUUAAUGUUUGAGAGGAAGCAGUUGCACAGGGCUUGUCAUGUUCUACCUUUCCUCACUUAUUGAACGCUUCUUUGGGGCCACUACCCUUUCAGACAAAGAAGUAAUGGGAUAGAGUUAGCAUGAUUGCCCUUAGCAAUAGUUCGGGCAAAUACUAGAAUAGCUGUUUUUUAGGCAAGAAACUAAAAGGAAGAAUGUUUUGCAUGGCAGCUACAUUGCAAGUAUUGUUUUUUUCUGUUUCCAAAGUAAUUUGGUCAAUGGGGGCAGGAGGAAAGGAUGCUAGAGGCUGUAGCCUUUCCUCUGUGACUGGCUCCAUGCAGCCCCUUCCUGUGUUGUGUGGGCUUGACUGUAGGUGCAGAGCAUCUCUUUCCCAUUGCUUCUGUUCUGAAACAAUCGACAUAUGACUUAAAACUGUUCUUUGGACAAAGUGCUGCACCUUCAGGGAAGCAGGAUUGCUUUUUAUAACAUCUUGGUGUACUUUAUAGUUCUGGCAUAUCAGCUUGAUUUCUGAGCAAGUGCUAUGUUAUCUGUAAGUGUAAAACUAGCUACAUAAACUACCUUUUUUGCACAAGGCCUGAAAAAUCUUCUGAUCCCAGAGUAUAUGGCAAGAUGAUGUCCUUCCACAGUCACCUCAAUUACUGUCCUAUCCAUUUAUGUAUUUUUCAUUCUUUUUAGUGAUUUUUUUUUUGUGUAUGUGUGAUUUCACAGGUACUCUAAUACUUGCAAGUGAAAAUAAUUUCAGUGUGCCUGUAAGGGAGCAAAAGUGACUAUGUUAUUCAGUCAUGAACCUUAUGUUUUUCCUUCUGCAGUCACAAUUUUAUAGGUAUUAAUUACGUUGUCCUUGCAUCCCACUAGUCUGUGUACACGAGACUACCGUUGCUAAUCACCAUUCUUAACCUUUAUUCACUCAGAAGGGUUUGUGUGGAGCUGUCUGCAAAGGACAUCAGACGCCACAUACGGGAGGUUGGAGGAAGGACUAAUGGGCUGGAAGAUUAGAGGGGAAUGCGGUGAAGUCAGCUGUAAUUGGAAGGGGAUGCUGGAAAUUGCAAGAUGCUCUUUUCUUUAAAAGAGAGUGGGAGAUUUUUGAUGCCAGUUGACAGCUUCCUUUGUUCUGCCUCCUCAUGAAUCAGGAAGCCCCGGUUCUCUGGGGUGACAUUUUGGCAACUUCCAAACCUGCUCCUGGUGACUGUUGAGGGUUGAUCCAGACCAGCCUUCUGUGGCCUGACAGCCACGAUGCGAAUCACUUACAGUGCAGCACCUGGGGUGGUUUUUCCUUUGGUGCGUGUGUGCGUAUCUAAAUUAAAAUAGUCCCUACAAGUCUUGCCUCAUGUAUGUUAUGACAAGAUUUUGGGAAGGUAGAUGAAUUUUAAAUGUCCUCUCCAAGGGUAAAGAGGAGCUUUUAAGUCGGCCUGCGGCAUUGUAUGUUCAGCAUCUUGCUCUUGCAAACUCUCAGCUGAGUUUAGCUAUGUAAAUAAAAGUGAAAUGGUCGCUGUCCUGGCGUAACCUGUGUGUUUUGCUCCUGAUGGCAUCUCCCUGUGGAAGAGAUCUUGCCUAUACAAGUAUAUAGUGCUUGAACCUUUUAGACCUCAAAUUUAAAAUACUGACAUGCAAAGCCUUUUUACUGGAUUUCAACUCCCUCACGGUUUGUUUAUGUUUGCAUUAUGUGUGUCGGGGUCCUAGUAAGUCCUUUCUGUAGGACUGUAAUAGGGGAAUCUCUGCCACUGAGGGUUUACAGUCCAGUGAAGAUUAUGCUUGUCAGUGAGCAUUUGUGAAAAUUAAGAACUUGAGGAUUUGGAAGGAUGUAAUUUCCUUUGCUGCUUACCAGGGUCUGACCUAAUUUUAAUCCUCAAACUUUGCUUGAGGUAAAAUUAAGACUAUGGACAACUACAGGAAGGCUCAAAAUGUUUAAAUCAUACAGUUGCUGAUUGAAAUGUUAAUGUAGAGUGGCUUUGGGAAGGGAUUUGGUUCAUGAGUGGACCCUGAGGUCUUCCUCCCGCCUGCGGCUCCUCUGGCGGGGUGGAAUGUCACCCUGACCCCUUCCGAUUGGCCCGGGGUGUUUGUCCAGGUGUCUGCCUCUCCCAUAAAAGACGGCGAUCGCUGGACCCGGCAGGCAUUCGGCAAGUGCUGCAGCAAAGAAAAAUGACACAACGUGUUUAUUUGGUUGUUUUACUUUUGUGUCUCGGAUUAAUGUGUCCUCUUGCAACCGGAAUUUUUAUGGAGAAGCUUGCCAGCAAGAAGCUGUGUGCCGAUGAUGACUGUGUCUAUACCAUUUCCCUUGCCAGAGCAGAAGAGGACUAUAAUGCUCCAGACUGCAGAUUCAUUAAUAUUAAAAAAGGGCAGUUGAUUUAUGUUUACUCAAAACUAGUGAAAGAAAAAGACUCUGGAGAAUUCUGGGCUGGAAGUGUUUACGGAGAACAGUAUGAAGACCAUAUGGGGACAGUUGGUUAUUUCCCUAGCAGUUUAGUCUCAGAACAACGUGUCUAUCAAGAAGCGAAUAAGACUGUUCCUACAACGGACAUUGAUUUCUUCUGUGAAUAGCGCUGAAAGCAGUCGAGUAAUCUCUUGACUGCUACAGGGGGAAGCCGACAGGAGGAAACCUGGGCAACCUUCCCUGAGCACACAGCCCUUCCUAUAAUAGAUGUUUGUGAAACAAUCUUUCUUCAAAACAAGAAAGUUUUCAUUUAAAGGAAGUGAUUUCCAGCGGGGAAAUAGUCCCACACAGAAUUUGUUACUUAGAAAUUUUUUACCUGCAUAUACUUUGUUACUUGUUAAUAAAGCGAAUAGCCUUUGAAUUGCUGUAAAUCAGUGUGGUAUAAAUAUGCGAUGUAGGAGAGUUAGAUGUGUGAUCUUGACCUGCAUUUUCCUGCCAUAACCUUACACCAUGUUUUAAAUAUUAAAAAUAUCUUCCUUGAA